UGGUGCGAACAAGAUGCUUUCAACAGUGGUCAUCAUGAAUCAACUCAGGGAGGCGCACAUCAGCCGAUUUAUCCCUUUCAAGCACCAGUAGAAGAAGAAGAAGAAGAAGAAGAAGAAGACGCGGAAGACGUCGAAAGACCACAGCGCCCCCAGCAGAAUCAGGAGGCCGGAAGCGUCAGCAAACACAGCAAUAUCAAAGACUUUUACGAGUCGCCUGCUUAUUGUCUGAUUCGUGAAUAUCUAGACAGAUAUGAGGUAAAAAUUAAUGCUCUAUCGGAUUCUAUUGACCAGCAGCAGCGUGUGAUAGAAAAUGUCAAGGAUUUCUUGUCUGAGCAACAGCGACGUAUGGAUGAAAAAAUUGGGGAGCUUCAACAAUUGAUGGUGAACAGAGCGGUGGUGCAGUCACUCAGGAAACUAGUGCUUCUGCUACUGUUAACACCCAACUGACAGAUGAUGGUUUUGAUGAUGAUGAUGACGACGACAGUCAUUCAACUAGCCAUGCAACACACGGUAGGACUGAUAUUGAAUCAACACACCAGUCAAAUGUCGAUGAUGAACAACCAUCAACCUCAAAUGUUGCGGAGCCUUUAAGGCAUAGGCCAACAAGACAGAUAGACAUUGAAACAUUGUUGAGAGAUGGCGGUAAUGUAAACGAAUAUCAUGUUUUACCAAGGCCUCGUUUCAAUAGUGUAUCGUUGCGUAGGACAUUGAAUAUGAGUGAAAUAAGAUCUCAGGAUUUAGCAUCGUACCACAUACGUUUACACGAUACCAUGGAUGACAUUGUGUCAUUCGCUAGACAGAUUGGCGGUGAUGGUAGCGUCAUCAAUUUAUGCCUUCGAACACCCACUCUGAAAUCGGAUGUAAAUGCAGUUUUAACACCUGGUAAUAAUUACGACGUUAAUCUUUUUACAGAUCAAAUUGCAAAAAUUUUACAGAGCGAUGAUCGGUUAUCAGCUAACGAAACUGUUGAGAUUGAAGCAGAGGUUGUAAUGAACAGACUAGGAGGAGGUCGCCGUAAACUUACGGAUUUGGCUUUUGAUCAGGUAAUCAAAAGAAAAAAGACGAGCUUGUUUAUACCUACAAAUAUUUCAAACAAAUUAUGUUUCUCUAUCUGUAUAGCACAUUUUCUAGACCCUAAAUUACCUGAGUGUGAAUUAGAAAACCAUGCAUCAAUCAUACACAAUAAAGUGGGUCUUGCUAUCCAAGACAAGGUUGGUUUUCAUGACAUAGCAAAAUUUGAAAACAUGCUUGACAUCAAGAUUGUUGUUUUUUAUAGGACAAACACCGGUGUGUUACAAACAUACGUAAAUAACACCGAACCUCACGACAAAACGGUGUACCUUUAUUUACAAGACGAACAUUACUACAUGAUUCUCAAUCUGAAAUCAUUCAUAGGUGCUAACUUUGUGUGUGAAUUCUGCUAUAAGGGGUACACAUCGCUGCGAAAUCAUCAAUGCAAACAUGUCUGUAACGUCUGCUUUGACAGCGAAUGUUACAAGCAUCCUAAAAAAAUCAUUCAUUGUACCGAUUGUUUGCGCUACUGCAAAUCUUCUUACUGCUACCAAGCUCAUAAGAAACCUAUGCUUGAAGGAGAAAAAGUACCUUGCAACGUUAUAAAAUACUGCAAGAAAUGCAAUAGACGGUACGAUAAGAAAAUGUCUAAACACAUAUGUGCACCAAACCGUUGUGGUGCAUGUCGUGAAGAACUUGUCCCUGGUGGAGAACAUGAGUGUUUUAUUAAAACAGUAGCACUCAAAGACCCUCAGAAUAAAUACAUCUUUUACGAUUUCGAGACUCGUUAUGAAAAUGGGAGACACGUAGCAAAUUUUGUCUGCGCAAUAACGUUUUGUGGUGAAAGAUUUGUAGCCGGGGGGUCUGACUGUGUGAAAAAAAUGAUCGAUCAUUUCAGAAAACCCAAAUACGAAGGCUAUUGUUUCAUAGCUCAUAAUGCAUCCGGAUUUGACUCCUUUCUAAUUCUUGAAUAUUUUUGUAAAGCAGGUCUUCAAAUGGACAUCAUCAUGAAAGGAUGUAAAUUAAUCUUCAUGUUCGAUGUUUCAUUUAAGCAACGCUAUAUAGAUAGCAUAUCCUUCAUACCGAUGGCUCUGUCUAAGAUGCCGGCAGCAUUAAAUCUCACCACAACAGAAAAAGGCUACUUUCCGCAUCAUUUCAAUAGAUUAGAAAAUGAGAACUACGUAGGACCUUAUCCUGACAAAAAGUAUUAUGGUUACGAAAACCUAUCGGAAAAAGAUCAGGCAAAGUUCGAUGCGUGGUACGCUACUACUUCAGGGGAGGUUUUCGACUUCAAGGAACAGUUGUGCCAAUAUGGUGUAAAUGAUGUUGUCUUGCUCCGUGAAGCAUGCAUGACAUACAGAGAAUCGUUCAUAGAGUGUACACAAAUCGAUCCAUUUAGUUACACAACUCUUCCUAGUUGUUGUAUGGGAAUUUUCAAGACACACUAUCUGAAAGACCACACUAUUGCUCUAACCCAUGAAAAUGCAUACAUUCGGCAAAAUAAGACAUUCUCGAGUGUCUCGAUUGAAUGGUUGGAGUAUUUAAAAAAGACUAGAAACGUUGACAUUCAUCAUGCUCUGAAUCAUGGUGAAAUGCAAAUUGGUCAAUACUUUUUAGACGGCUACUACGAACAGGACGAUUCAAGGUAUGGCCUUGAUUUUUUGGGGUGUCUGUUUCAUGCGCACCAAUGCCGUUAUGAGCCUCACAAACUCCACCCCAUGUCGGGUGUACCCUUUGGUGUUCUCAGACGUCAAGUUGACGAAAAAAUUGAAAUUCUACAAAACGCUUAUGGCUUAAAAGUAGAGAUUAUCUGGGAAUGCGAAUGGUCUAAAAUGAAACAAACAGACCCUUCAGUGAUAGAAUUUAUGAGCACUUAUUCGGCGCCUGAAAGACUGAAACCAAGAGAUGCGCUUUUCGGAGGUCGUACCAAUGCUUAUAAGUUGUAUCACAAAGUGGGGGAGGGGGAGACCAUUUCUUAUCUGGAUGUCACAUCUCUCUAUCCCUUUGUUAUGAGUACAAAGACGUAUCCAAUAGGGCACCCCGAAAUAAUUUUCAACGACUUUCAGCCGAUCGAAAAUUAUUACGGUCUUAUUAAGGCAACUGUGUAUCCGCCCCGAAAAUUACUACAUCCGGUCCUCCCUUACAGAUGCGGCGGUAAACUCAUGUUCCCGUUAUGCAGAACAUGCGCACACGAUGAAAACCAAACAUCGAGAUGUAAUCAUACGGAUGAUGAGAGGGCCCUUAGUGGGUCGUGGGUCAGUGUUGAACUUUUAAAAGCGAUUGAGAAAGGGUAUGUCGUGGUCAAAGUCGACGAAGUUUGGCAUUUUCCUGAAAGGUCAGACAAGUUGUUUAGCGAAUACGUUAAAACGUUUUUACGUUUAAAACAACAAGCAUCCGGAUACCCUUCAAACGUUACCACUGAUUCUGAAAAAGAGACAUACAUUCGCAAAUACUAUGAGAGAGAGGGGAUUCAACUUGACCCUUCACAGAUCACUCAUAACCCGGCCCAAAGGGCUAUAAACAAGCUAAUUUUAAAUGCAGUUUGGGGACGUUUCGCGAUGCAGUCUCAGCAUUCUGUUACGCAACUUGUACGAGACCCUGAAGAAUUCACCACGAUUGUUUUCGGUAAAACUGAUGCAUUGAAAUAUUUUACUUUCAUCUCAGAUGAUGUAGCGUUAGUCCAAUUUCAACCUACCGAAGAUAGUCAUCGCAUUAUUCGUGACAUUAACGUAUUCAUAGGAGCGUACACAACUUCGUGGGCGCGGUUAGAAUUGUACAAAUUGAUGGACAAACUUGGCGAUCGUUUAUUAUACUCUGACACAGAUAGUGUUAUUUUUGUAUCCAAGGCCGGUGACUGGAUGCCACCUCUGGGUGAUUAUUUGGGGGACUUGACAGAUGAAAUAGGCGAUGGUGAUUAUAUUACCGAGUUUUGUUCCAGCGGACCAAAGUCGUAUGGUUACCGUACCGCUUCCGGUAAAGUCUGCAUGAAAGCUAAGGGUAUAACUCUGAAUGCUAAAAAUUCCCAAACGAUAAGAUUAGACACAUUGAUUGGUCUGGUUGAUGGGUAUGUUACAUCAGGCGAUGACUCUCGAUACAUUUUAGCUCAAGCUGACAACAUUGUCAGGAAUAAAAAACACCUCACACUCCACAACAAAUCAGUCGUUAAAAAGUUCAAGGUGGUGUAUAACAAGCGAAGACUUUUACCCGACUACACAACUCUACCUUAUGGCUUUUAAUUCAAUGUAUAGAGGAAUGCGUGAAAUGGUUGAUUUUGAUUUCAGACUUCAACAUCCGUUUUCAUGUGUCAUAAGUGGACCAUCCAAUUCAGGGAAGUCCUUUUUUGUAAAAAUGUUAUUGGAAAAUGCUGUAAAUAUGAUUUCUAAAAAAAUUGAUAAUGUUGUUUUCCUGUAUGACUGUUGGCAACCUUUGUAUGACGAAUUGCUUAAAUUGUAUGACAUUAAAUUCAUUGAAGGUAUACCUCAGAGUCUGAAUGAUGAUCAUCUACUACCUCGUGAUAAAACAAACUUGUUGAUUAUCGACGAUAUGAUGAAAGAAGCAAGCGGUAAUUCCGAAAUUGAAAAAGUCUUCACGCAAUACGUUCAUCAUCGUAAUCUCUCUGCAAUUCUUAUCGUGCAAAAUUUGUUUGUUCAAGGUAAAUCCAGCAGAACCAUCAGUUUGAACACAAAUUAUUUAAUAUUGUUUAAAAACCCCCGUGAUGCUAAUCAAGUAGCGGUGUUGGGGCGUCAAAUGUAUCCUGGUAACACAAAAUAUUUUAUGGAAUGUUAUCAAGAUGCCGUCAAGAGUCCUUUCGGGUAUCUCAUGAUUGACUAUAAAGCUAAAACACCUGAACAAUUUCGACUCAGAACAGGAUUGUUUUCAGAUCGUCAGGUGGUCUAUCUCCAGAAAAAAAGAAGAUCGUGAUAACGAACCAUGUCCGCGAGACUAUGUAAACAUUUACCUGUAUUAAAAAUGUUACAUAAAUCUACAGCUAAACAAAGACGACUUAUUCUCCAGUCAGCAUCUGACGAUCUCAUUUUAGCUCUCUGCGAACUCGCUCUCAACAUCCUACACGGAGUUAUACCGAUCAACAACCAACAAUACAGAAAAUUGAAAAAGAAGAGGGCUGCGAUAAAAUUCCUCGCUAAUAAAAAAAUCAAUAUUGCGGCUAAGAAAAAAGUCUUUAAUCAGACUGGCGGAUUUCUUUUACCGCUCCUAAGCGUCGCUAUACCAUUUAUUUCAAGUUUGAUCGGUUCUAGACAGGGUUGAAGGAUGGAGUAUGCAGAGAAAAUGUAUCUCGUACCACAGAAUCAGCUGGACAAAAUACAAUCAACAAGCGCUCGUGAAAAUAUUCAACAGGUGGUAGAGAACGAUCUUGAUACGGCUAUAAGAAAUAUUUUACUCAGGACUGAUUUGGAUCAACGUGAAAAAGUUAAACUUUACUCAAACAUCUUAACCAGAUAUUUAACAAUUGUUAAACUAGGCGAUCGUGAGAGUAGUGUUUUAACGCUAUCGCUACCAAACCCUGAAGACGAACAUAAAGUUAACUCUGACGAAACACAUGCUGAAGACAACUCAAAAGAUGAUGUGACGUCUGAAGUUCUAAAGAACGUUCCGACAAAACGUGUGAAAAACAGCAAGUAUAUAUUAGACAAAAUGUCUAAAGCUAAAGAUCUCAGCUCCUGGUCCGAGUCUGGUGAGUUUGUGUUUAAGGGUAAAACCAUACCUGGUUCACACAUGCUCGAUUUAAUAAACAACGUUACAGCUCCGCAACAAGUACGAGAUGACCGAAGACCUAAAGGAUGGACGGAGUUUCUUCAAGCAUGCGCAGAAUUAAACAUACCUUUUUCGACUAUACCAAACCAACAAGUACGGAGUAAGAUUAUUAGUUUAAAAAACAACCCUAUUGACGAUGAUCAGGAGAUUCUGUCUACUAAAAAAACUACGCGUAAAAAGAGAAAAAAUCAGCAAAGGACACAACUACUAGAAGAGGACAUGUUUGUUUCACCUACUCGUGAUAAGAGUCGAUGGAUGCAUUUUUAAUGUCAACAUGUUUCAUGUUUUUUAUGUUUUGUGUAUCACUAUCUUGAAAUAAAAUUCAACAAACAGA